AUGUUUACCAACUCUAACGGACAAGUAAUCCGUUGCGCAAAGUGUGGCAGCAGAACAUACGGUAACCUCUGCCUGCGUCGUCCAAACCCUCUCCCCCAACGCAACAAGCGUCGGUCCAAACUCCUCGAGCAAAUCCUCAACCUCCGGUCCCUCCUCCUCAUACUCCUCUUCCAUCCCAAACGCCGCAACCUGCUAAGCCCACCUCCACGCCGGCCCAUUGUCAAAUGCGAUUACUGUGCCUGCCAUUGGCACGUCGAUUGUCUUCCUCCGCCCCGUGCGGCACCGGCAAAUCCCCGGAAAGGAUGGUUGUGCCCCAACCAUGUCCCCUCCGCGGACAUGGUUUCAAAAAACGCCUUUGAGGAUGAGGUGCGGCCGCGUCGCGUUCGGCGGCCGCGAAAUAUGGCGUUGUUGGACUGCGACGUCAUAGUCCCUGAUGACCCCGAUGACAGCCCGUUUGAUGAGGCAGGCGUCCCUACAGGGGGCGUCGUGCUGAGUUUUAUCAGCGCGGUCAAGCAAGACCACGCCGAACGUGAGCGACUAAAGCAGAAGCAAGAGCUCAAGCGGAAGUGCCUGGACUUGACCAGGCGGGUGACCGCGGAGUUCUUUUCGACCUCUGGCGCUGGCCACCUUGGCUCAGGUCCCCCUGGGGCCUUGACGAAAAAGGUGGGAUCUCGGUCUCGGACUCUUCCCCAGAAGAAACCGAAAUAG